CCGACAUCUUCAAGUAUUCGUCGAACAUAUCAGAUGACGUCCCGUACGCUAACUGAUGGAGCCCGGAAGUGCACUUCCGGACACUACUAAACCCGCAUCGGCCUCUUGCAUCAAAGCGUUGGGUGAACCAAGGAACCUCGCGUUCAACAUCGGCAAUCUUGUUAAUGUUGUUACGGCUCGAUUUGUUACUCUUCGUGAUGAGGCAAGUAAGAAUGGGCUCAAUGUCACUGACCAACAAAUAUGGUACUCGCUAGUCCAGGGCCACAAUGCAAAGAAUUGGGUGUCUGGAGUCGGUGACUAUGAGCUUCAAAUGAGAAAGUUGAAGUCGUCAUCCACCCGUCGUCGCUGUAGCUCUUCUGCUAGUAGCAAAACUGGAAUUGAGGCCCUAAAAGAGCAGAACCAACGCCUCCAGGAACAUGUUGAUGCCCUCACCUCCAAAUUCACCACCAUUCAAGAGAACCUGAAAAGGUUAUAUGGUGGUAACCAUCCACCACAAGACGAUGACAGUGGAACCGGGGGAGAAGGGCAACCAAGAGCCAUUUGUUAGACACGGGACAAAGGAGUACGGUCAUACGGAGUAUUUUUUGGGGAGUAUUUCGACAAUCCCGCCUACCCUAAUACCGGCAAAACACGGAGUAUAUUCCCUCAAUUCCUCCACAAUUUCGAUCUUUCUCAUCUCAUUUGUAACCUCUCUUCUCAAGCUCCGCCUUCUUCAAUCGCCUCGUUUUUCUUCAAUCCUCGGUCUUCUUGAACGAUCACACACCUCUUACAAGUUUAGAGCAGAAUUGAGAGCUAUAUGAUGAUGUUUAUGAACCUGCUAAACAAAGUUUUAUUCAGUUCAGAAUCACGGGGAAGAAUAUGAAAACCAAAUCCUGAUUGCUGGUUUAACUUUCUCUUCAUCGAACUGGUCGCUGAUCAAGGCUCAAUAUACAAAAUACGCUUCCAUUGACUCCUUGGUUGAGAAUUGCAAUCAAGAUAUAUAGAAGUGACAACAUGAUGUCAAGAUAAUAGAUCGAUGUUGUUGAUGAGAGGAAGAUUAUAUUUUAGAAUAUUUUUGGCAAAAAAACAUGUUUAGUAUUUUUUAUUAUUACUAUUUCAAACCUCUAUUAUAUGAUUGUGAACCUUUGUUUGAAAUUAUGGGAACCAUAUCAUAUAUUCUGUUUUUAUUCAUAACAGAUGACUUUUAGUUAAUAAAUCUUUAUAGUAAUU